UGUUUAUUAGUCUGCUUCCUCUCUGUUUAAAAUCUUCACCUUUAUCAUAAGAGAGAGAAAUUUCACGCGCUUCCUUUCCUUUUCUAUUCUCUCUAUCAAUUUCUAAGAAAAUGUCCUCCUUUCUCCCUAUUGGAGUUUUAAUCACCCCCUAAGAAAAGAGGUUUGUUGUUAUUGUUGUUGGAAUUUUCAUUGUUGCUGCGGUGGUUGUCUUGUUGGAAUUUCCCGUCUUGGUUGCUCUGCCAAAAAGUCUCUCUCUUUCUCUUCUUUUUUAGAUCCAUUUUUGCCACUUCUUGCUCCACACAUAUAUAAUUGCUGUGGUGUUGUGUUGUUGGAUUCUUCCCAUUCUUAUUUGAAGAAGGGAGUAUUCUGCUUUAGCUCUUGCAGUUGGAGUCACUGCUGUCAAGAUCGGUUUCUUUCCACUUUCUUGAUUUUUCCGUGCUGAUAAUUGUAGAAGAAAAAUAAAAUUGCGAUGGAUAGGGAUUUGCGAAGAAUUUCACAGGACAUGCCCCUGUCCACUGCUCAUAUCCAUGUUAAUGGUGGUUUUGUAGCUGACCAUCCUAGCCACUCAGCAUUAUGUGCUCUGUGCCGAAGUAUUCUUGUACCUGAUAAUGAUGAUCUUGAGAUUAGUAUAUGUGGGCACUGUAAAUUUUUGCUGCUUGAAGAUCUUGAGACCCCUACUCGAGAUUCUCAUUUGAGGAGGCUUCACAGAGGAAGAAGAACCAGGUACAGCAGCUCUGAAUCGAUUGACACCCUUUUCUCACAACAAUUUUCUCAGGUGAUUAAUUUGGCUAGGCAAAACCACAACACGAUUUAUGGGAAUGAGGAUCGAUCUAUAGAUGGUGAUAGUUCUGCUAGGUUGUUACAGCGUACGAGCUCUCGCACAACUCCAAGUAGUUCUCGAAGAUGGCAGCAUCUUUUUUCAGAUUCUGAAAGUGAGAGUUUUGAUAAUGUGGAUUCUCUUUAUGGGGAGAGUGAAAUUAAUUUCAGAUCCAGUAGGUACCGGGUUUUUCACAGUGAGAGUGAUGCCAUUUCUUCAAGUGUGUAUGGUGAAGACUCUGAUGCUUCUGUGGAUGGACAUAGUGUCCUGGACACAGAAAUGUUUAUUCAAGCAGAUGAGGGAAGCAAUUUUGACAGCGAUACUGACAUAGAUCCAAUGCAUGCUGGUCUCCACCAAUGGAACUCUGAUGACCUAGAAGAGGAAGAGGAUGAAGAAGAUGAGGAAUGGGAAGAGGCUGAUGUUGAGGAAGACACAAUUGGAUCUGUAGAAGCUGGAGCUCGACUUCGAAAUAUGUUUAUUUCAAGUCCUAGCGAAGGUAAUGGCCCUGUUAGUUGGCGCAGGCAGUUUCGUUCACCGGAAUUUGAGGGCAUGAAUCACCGGAGAACCAGGCAACGUAGACAAGCAUAUAACCAUGGCUUCUUAGCUAACUUGGAAGAAUCAGAAUUACCACGACACAUGUGGAAUUCUGAGUUUGGAGAUUAUGCCACAGGCUUUGGGGAUUUGCUUGAAGCUCUUGCUCGUUCUGAUAUUGGAAGGAGAGGAGCACCUCCUGCAGCUGUCUCUUUUGUGAAUAAUCUACCACUUGUGAUCAUCAAUGAGGAACAUGAGAAGCAUGAUGGUUUAGCUUGUGCAAUCUGCAAGGAUCUUUUGUCAAUUGGCACUGAAGUUAACAAGCUUCCCUGCCUUCACCUAUACCACCCUUGCUGUAUAUUGCCUUGGCUGAGUGCACGAAAUUCAUGUCCUCUCUGCAGGUAUGAAUUUCCAACCGAUGAUAAAGACUAUGAGGAGGGUCGGCAAAACUCUAGUACCAGAAUGGAGAUGCAUGGUAUUCAGCGGCAGGAAGUUAGCGAGGACAGUUCAUCGGAUGUCUCAGAUGAACCUCUUGAACAUGGUCAAAGAGGGAGGGGAUUCCUAGAUGUGGGCCCGCCCUUAAAUAGCUCUGGCAGAGAGGGCAGUGGAAGGAGAUGGCUUUUGCUUGCUGCUGCCCCCCUUGUUAGCCUUUUGGGUAUUGUCUUUGUGAUGUGGUGGGGCAAUCCUCAAGGAAGACGGGCAAAUGGUCAUUGCAAUUUCUCUGGGAGAGGCCUGCUUCAAAUUCAAGUUUCUGGCUCUUCCCAACUCAAUCAAAGGGGCAAUGGGAGGAGAAGAUGGUGGUCUUUUUUCUGACGAUUUCCUGUGCCUGAACGUGUUUAGCGCCUAAGAUAUUUAUUAUUAUUUUUUUCCCACUUAUCUUGAAUGGAUCUAAUGUUUGGUCGGAAAGCAUGAUCAUGCCUUGCCUCUAAUAUGGACGACUGGGGAGUGGAACUGGUUAGGUUUCUGAAAGUCCGAUGAAGAUUUGAUCUUUUUAGUUGCUGAUUGGGCAACAUAUUAUGCCAUUCGAUACGCUAAUGACUCGAACUUAUUACUCGAAAAAUAAACAAACAAAUAAAUAAAAAUGAGGGCCUGGCACGGUCAUACUUGCUUGUUA